CGGCUCACGGAGGCCAUGGUGCCUCACGACUGGAUAAUGCUGCUUGCUGCCGCAUCCUUCCUGUGUGUCUUGUGUUUGUUUGUUCGGUUCAGACGCUCCGUGAAAGUGCUGUGGAGAAAAUCACUCAGCGGGAUAAUGGCCCGCACGGAGAAGCCCCUGUUCCGAAUCGCGUACACGCUCUACACCAGGACCAGACUGGGCUACUUGUACUACAAGAGACAAAUGAGGAAAGCCCGGCAACAGUAUCCUACUGGACAUUCCACAGCUCGCCCCAUGGAGUUCAAUGAUAUCAAAAUAAUUCCAAUCCCAGUCCUGUCUGACAACUACAGCUACCUUGUAAUCGACACAGCCUCCAGUGUAGCAGUUGUUGUAGAUCCUGCAGACCCUCAAAGUGUCCAGGCAGUCCUCGAGGCAGAGGGAGUGAUGUUGGAAGCAAUACUCUGCACACACAAGCACUGGGAUCACAGUGGCGGAAACAAAGGGCUGAAAAAGCUUCACAGCGCAUGCCGUGUUUAUGGACAUGCAGCUGAUAACAUUCCUGGACUUACGCACCCUCUCUCACACAAGGACUCUAUAACAGUGGGACGUUUGCACUUUAAAGUCCUCUUCACUCCUGGACACACAGUGGGCCACAUUAUCUACCUCCUGGAUGGCCAUGCAGUCGGCGGCCCAUCCAGUCUCUUCUCCGGUGACCUGGUGUUUCUCUCUGGAUGUGGGAGGAUUUUUGAAGGCAGUGCAACAACAAUGCUGUCCUCUCUGGACACAGUCGCCUCCUUAAGUGAUGAUACACUUUUAUGGCCCGGUCAUGAGUAUGCGGAAGACAACUUGCUGUUUGCUGCCGAGGUUGAGCCACGCAACGCCACCAGAGAAAACAAGUAUCAGUGGGUGCUGCAGCAGCGAGGCCAGAAGCUGUGCACGUGUCCCUCCACUAUCGGAGAAGAAAAGCAAUACAAUCCAUUCCUGCGCAGCCACUCCGCUGAGCUCCAUGCGGCCCUCGGCCUCCAGCAGUUCCAGGAUGAAGACUGGACCCAGUUCAGGGCUCGAGUGCUGGAGGAGCUGCGGAAAUGCAAAGACCACUUCAAUAGGAGUAGGUAGUACUACAGAGUAGUCCACUACACAGCGGGGGAACUGAACCUUGCUGUGAACUCUCCGCACAGUGGCACAAAGGUAGUGGUUAAAAAAACAAACAAACGCUGAUCUCUGAUGUACUGAUUAUUAAGGCUUGUUUUUUUUGGUUUUUGAAACCUUUGUCGACUUGUUUUAGUGAUUGCAUAUUCAUAUCAAUAAUCCUGUUAUCCAUCCACAGAUGGACAUAGACAUAGCAUUGCUAAUUCAUAGCCUCUCAAACAUUGAGGCGGUAGUUAAAACCUGGUUUCCCGUUCUAAUGUGUGAAAUGCAGGGUGAGAAGUCACCUGCGCGCGACAUAGAUUAAUCAGUUACUGUAGGCUGUGUGUUGUUUACUCCACCGUCUGGUUUAUUUUUAGGAUCAUUUGUUUUGCUGGUUUCAUAUUUAUAUACUGCUGAGGAGUAAUUGCCUUCUCCAUGGACUGUGUGUGUUCGUGACGAGGGUAUUUAGGGAGUGACUGUUUGUUUUGUUUUUUAAAAUCAUUAAAUCAGUUCAUUAUAAUGAUCUUAUUCUGGGAUGUAUUGCUGUGCAGCUCAACAAAACGAAAGUAGCUCAGUCUGAGACUAUUAAUGCUGCACAGCAUGAAACAAGAACAAAUAAUAACAAUAAUAAUAAUAAUAUUAAGAUUGAGCCAAGGCAACCUUCCAGGCUUGAAUGCUAAUAGUGGUACACUUAUGCCACUAGCCUGACUCGCCUCGGCACGGUUAUUUUGCUUUUCCAUUCGCGACAGUAUCUGGUACCCGGUACUUUUUACUACCUGCUCAGGCAAGGUUCCAAUUAGCAAGGAAAUGUCUAAAAUCUCAAUACUUACAGAGGAGUCUGGUGUAUUUAGUGACAGCACUGCUGAAACCCUGCGAUCGCCAGUGACGAGCAGCAUCACAAACUAUGCUGCUGUGCUCCGGAAGCACAGGAAGUACUGAACUAAUCUUUUUAAUUUACUGAUUCUAAUGAUUCAGUACAUCGAAAAUAACUGCUUUACAAGUCACUAGUUUGUAUGAGUCACAGUUACAGUUGAAUGCAGCAGUGCUGUGAUGACUCCGCCCACAUUGUAGAAGGUACUAUAUUGUAAUGGAAAACCAACCAAACCGUGUAGAGUCGAGCCGAGCCGAGGCGGUACUUUGUAGUGGAAAAUCGCUAUUAAUAAAUCAAGGUACUUUUUGUGGAAGCCAGCACAAAGAAUGGUAAAGUCUGUCCACUACCCUUUGAUGUGAUGAUGUUUGCUGUAUCUAAGAGCCAAUUUUCUUCUGACCCUUGACUUGUUCAUGGUGCUUGUUAUUUGUCCACUGACCUGAAUUAGUGGAAUUAUAAUAAUUGUAUAAUUCACACAUGGAAGCACAAACGUAUCGCUAGUGGGCCAAAGGUGAAACGCGUGUUUUCUACUAGAAAACGUUUUUUUUAUUUUUUUUUUUAUUUUGCCAAACUAAUUGUACAUUUUAGAAUUGUAUUUUUGAUGCGUUUGUACUGGCAUUACAUGAACAGCAGCCUUCUCCACAGAAAGGUAUUACAUUGUAGUACAUGAAAUAGGACUGAAUUGUUAAAGUGAUGAUGACAUUAGUUCACUUUAGAUAAAUGCCAACAGUGAUGAUUAUGCUAAAUCAACUUACAGACUUACCGAUCGAUGGUUAAAAAUGUUUUUUGGAGUUUUAUUUCUAAUAUGAGAACACUAUUUCACAGUGACAUUCAAAUUAAAACAAAAAUUACACCUAUUUUUAAUAUAUUGAAGGGUUUAUAAUACUGUGACCUAAUACACUGGCAGAAAGUAUAUCAUGUAAUAAACAUUUUCAUCAGUU